AGGGGCGCCUGCGCUUUGCAAUCAAAGAGACGGCGGCCUUGACAACUUGAGCCUUGUGUGCCGUAGAAGAAGGGGAGGGGGAGUGAGUAGCGACGCUGGCGCAUGCGUGGUAGCGGCGAGCGCGGGGGGCUCGGGUGGAGAGAGCCGCUGCCGCCGCCGCCGCCGCCGCCCGCCCGGACCCUGAGAGGAUUCCCUUGUUCUUGCGCCUUUGCUGCCGUCACCGUCGCCGCCUGGGCCUGCUAAGCCGCCACUGCCGCCGCCGGAGUCCCGGCCCCUCCCCUGGGGAGGCAGGAGGGUCCCGGGAGCCGACGGAACAGGCAGGACCAUGUCCGGGCGCGGCCAGGGCGGCAAGCUGCCCACGACGGAGCGCAUCGUGAAGGCUGUUCCAUUCCCUCCCACGCAGCGGCUAACCCUGAAGGAAGUUUUUGAGGAUGGGAAACCCAGGUUAGAAGUAUUAAAGAACCACUUGGUAAAAGAAGGGCGCCUGGAAGAGGAUGCAGCGCUGAAGAUAAUCAAUGACGGAGCUGCCAUUCUGAGGCAUGAGAAGACAAUGAUUGAAGUAGAGGCUCCAAUCACAGUGUGUGGUGACAUUCACGGGCAGUUCUUUGACCUUAUGAAGUUGUUUGAAGUUGGAGGAUCACCCAAUAACACUCGCUACCUCUUCCUGGGCGACUACGUGGACAGAGGCUACUUCAGUAUAGAGUGUGUUCUGUAUUUAUGGAGUUUAAAGAUAAACCAUCCCAAAACACUUUUCCUACUCCGAGGGAACCAUGAGUGCAGGCACCUCACAGAAUACUUCACCUUUAAACAGGAAUGUCGAAUUAAGUACUCAGAGCGGGUAUAUGAUGCAUGCAUGGAUACAUUUGACUGUCUUCCUCUUGCUGCCCUUUUGAACCAGCAAUUUCUGUGUGUACAUGGAGGGCUGUCUCCAGAAAUCACAUGUCUUGAUGACAUUAGGAAAUUAGACAGGUUUAAGGAGCCUCCAGCUUUUGGUCCAAUGUGUGACCUGCUGUGGUCUGAUCCAUCAGAGGAUUAUGGCAGUGAGAAGACGCUGGAACAUUUUACCCACAACACUGUUCGAGGUUGCUCCUAUUUCUACAGUUAUCCUGCGAUUUGUGAAUUUUUGCAAAAUAAUAAUUUGUUAUCUGUGAUCCGAGCACAUGAAGCCCAGGAUGCCGGAUACCGAAUGUACAGGAAGAGCCAAACUACAGGUUUUCCAUCCCUAAUCACAAUCUUUUCUGCACCAAAUUAUCUAGAUGUCUAUAACAACAAGGCUGCUGUGCUGAAGUAUGAAAACAAUGUCAUGAACAUCAGGCAGUUCAACUGUUCUCCCCACCCUUACUGGCUUCCAAAUUUCAUGGAUGUUUUUACAUGGUCUUUGCCUUUCGUAGGGGAAAAGGUUACAGAGAUGCUGGUUAAUAUCCUCAACAUCUGCUCUGACGAUGAGCUGAUUUCAGAUGGAGAUGAAACAUUGGAAGAUAACUACAUUUCAAGCUAUCCGAAAGGAGGCACAACUGUCCGUAAAGAGAUCAUCAGGAAUAAGAUCAGGGCCAUUGGGAAGAUGGCACGUGUCUUCUCAGUUCUUCGAGAGGAGAGUGAGAGCGUGCUGACGCUCAAAGGCCUGACUCCUACAGGGACUCUUCCCCUGGGAGUCCUCUCAGGGGGAAAGCAGACUCUACAGACUGCCACAGUAGAAGCCGUAGAGGCACGGGAAGCCAUCCGUGGAUUUUCACCACAGCACAAGAUCCGCAGCUUUGAAGAAGCCAGGGGCCUGGACCGCAUUAAUGAGCGCAUGCCACCACGCAAGGAUUCAAAGCACCCUGACGGGCCGGUGAACUUAACCUCAACAAACUCUGCGGACAAGAACGGGACGGGGAAGAAAGCCCAGUAAUGGUUCAAAAUGCCCAGUCUGUAUCCAAAACGAAAGGAUCCAAAACUUAACGAAUUUUAUUUAUUUAUUAUGAAGGGGGAGGGGGUUGGGGGUGAAACCAACUUAGCCUGGAGGCAUGUCCAUAAUCCACUUUACAUUCAUUCUGUAAGAGAGGUGACCAUUUUGUAAGUUUUUUAAAUUUUGUGUUCAAUAUAUGAAAUGUCAUCUUUUUUUUUAAUUUAGGGAUGGGUCUAAAAAUGCUAGUGCAUAUAUAAAGUGUUGUCUGUACAGGUGGCCCAUACCUAACAAGAGGGAAGGAGACUUUGUGGGGUGUGGGGGGGAGAGCAAAAAAAAAAAAAUAAGCCCAAGGCAACUGUAGUGCCUGAUUUGAAAGAGCUCUUAAGUUAGCCUUGGUUUUUUUUGAAGUGGCAUCUUUCAUUUGAAAGUGGCAUUUUCUCCUUGCAGCUGUUGCUGUUUUUAUUUCUAUUUCUCACUGCAUCUGAUGGUCCAGCAGUUGGCUUCCAUUAAAGGCAUGUUGUAUAGGGCCAUUGGUAGAUGCUCUGCUUCUUGGAACACUUUUAUCAGAGGCAAAUGUUGAAAAAAACCCCACAAACCCAGCUCCAGAGCAACUGAUGGAAAAGUGUCUCCCUUCUCCUCUUUCCUCUUCCAAUGUCUUCAUUACUAUUCCUUCAGAAAUGGCGGGGAGGGGGAGGGAGGGAAAUCUCUUAGAAUAAACUAGUUUGUUGGCUUUGAAGGGGUCUCAUUAUAUUAGAAAAAAGAGUUCACUUGGCUGGCUGCUUGCUUUGUUCCAGACAUGUAACCAUAGUUGACGUCACACCGGUGGGAUUUGUGUCAGCUUCUCUGGUACUGAGGAAAUCUUUGCAGCUUGUCACAGAGUCCUUAUCUGAAUGUGAUAAGUUCUAACAAGAUUAAUAUUUUGAAAAGAGUCCCUUCUGCCCAUAUCUUGCCCUACCCACAGACUGCAUAACAAGCGCUAUUUUGUGCUGGGGCUCACAGUUAUGUGUGGGCCAUUCAGGGGACUCCUGCUUUCUUAGUGCAUUGCAUUAGAAGGAAACCAUUGUCGUGGAACACAAACUGUAGGAAGAAAGUACUAUUUUGUGUGAAGGUUUGCACAGCACAAACACCAUUUCCUUUGUUUUGGCUGGGCCACCCAUAUUCUGCCCUUGGGGUAUCCUGCAUUUGCUGUGAGGAUGGAUAGGUGUCAUGCUGUCAAUAAGUGCCCAUUGCUUGGGGUUGGGGAGGUCUGGUCAGGCAGAUGACCAGACCUGAAAGGGCUUCUUGCUGAUAUUCUGCCAAUAUUUUUCCCAGUAACCUCAAGGGCACAUUCAGAAAAAACGUAGUCUUAAAAAGUGACACUAUCAGGGUCAGCAGUUUGGCCCUCAGGCUGAAUUCCGAUGAUUGUAUAAGCCUUUUGCCCAUGCUGGCUCAAGGGCUUGGCUUUGCACAAUACCACCUAUUUAAAAUCAACCCCCUACUUCUAGGUUGAUCUGACCUGGCAGUGUGGCCUGUCUCUGGAAGAAUUCAGAAACAUGGGGAAAGGACUGCUGGAGCUGUGGGGUAGGAGGCCUCAUGGGCUUCCUUUCCUCUCAGUGCUCCAAUCUCUGAAAGUGACAACAUGAGAGUUGUUUCACAUAGCAAUACAAAUCGUGCCCUGCACCCACUGCAUGAACAUUGCUGCUCUAAGUUUCCAGGUUUGCAUGCAAGUCUACCUUUUUCUCAAAGCCCAGAAGGCCUUUGGGUAGUGUACCAUUUACAUUUUUUUUUCAAAAUGUCAUGAAAAGAUUGUUUAUUGGACAGCACCUCUAGAUCUUGUUCAUUGCUGAAUAUUGUAACAUCGUUGCUGGGUUUCACACUGCAUGGGAAAUUUUUUUUUUACUGUGAGCUUUGACAAGGACCCUGAAGAGUGGUGGUGACAAUGUGCCCGAUCCAUAAAGCAGGCGGUGUGUUUGCUGGAAGCAAGUAUAUCACACCCUUGUUGCAGCCAGGUGGGUAUUAUAGGAAGGAAGUUAGAGUGACAAAGCUAGAGGAGAGGCGAUUAGUGAGCCACCACACAGGCAUUGCUCAGGGUAACCUUUGUAGAUUUGGGACCUGUUUAUAAUACAUAAAAUAGGAAGCUCUGCAUUAUUCUCACUGGUUUGUUCUGACAGCUUUAAUGAUGUCAAAAUCACCUGGGUCGAUGAUGACUAGAGAACAUACUCUGUAGUACUUUCCACAAACUGUACCCAAAUUCAACAUUAUUGCCACUGUAGUGCUGUGCACCACUUUUGGCCAAUAUAGCAUAAAAGUCAUUUUUUUAAAUUUGCUCAAGCUUGGGCAAGUGCUGCUGAGGAUGACCAACUAAGCAUUGCCCUGUCACAUCAUUUCAGAGUCUGUUUGUAUCCCUGUACCUAUUUACCACUUUUCAUAACCAACAGAAGCCAAAAGUUGAUCGCUUCUAGGGACUUUUUUCCAUCUUGGCAGGCCCCAUUCUUGCAGCCUGCAUCAGGCCCGCCAUUAACAGAGCGGCACCUUCAAGAUGGCUGCUAGGCAACAAGGAAAGGCUGUGUUAGAUAGGAAAGGUGGAAUUUUAGAGUGGUGGUAAAGAUUGUCCAACAGCUGGUGCCUCAAGAAUUAAUUCUCGGGAGGAAAUUCGUUUGGAGUCAGAGUUACAGGCAGGGGAAUUGUAUUUUAAAGUGCCAAAGAACAGCAACUGAACAGAUGUGUUGUGUUUUGGAGCUGGGAUCCCCAUGUGCAGAGUUAUAAGCCCUGGUUAGUUUUCUUUAUUUUGACUCUGACAGGAACCAGGCCAUGGUGUGUUUUGUUUUGUUUUUAAAUGAUCCAAAUGUAAUCACUCGGAGAAGAGGUGCAGAUUCCCUCCUGCCUACUUCAGUUCAGCUAUAGCUUCCUCCUGGCUCUGGUUGUAGUGUGUUUGAAUCAGUCUUCCAUAGACAGUUCAUACUUCCAGCCUCUUAUAACUUAAUGGCUUAAGCAAAAAACAAAAGGACAAUCAGGAAUCUCUGGGCUGUUCUCCAAAAGAAGAAAAAGCCAUUGCUGUUUUUUGUUUUUUUGUUUUGAGUUUAAAAAUUCCCUUUUUAAAAAAAACUUAUGUUUUCAGAAUUGUGAAAUUGAUCAACUUACCUACAUUCCAAAUUUGGGGGGGUAUAUAUACCCUCUUACCAUCCUUUUAAAAAAGUAUUUCUCUGGAAGUUCUGUUCUUCAAGAGAGAUCUCAUGCUUGCUAAUUGAUGUUGAACAGAUUAUUUGGCCUCAACUAGAGAAUCCCCCACCAUUUGUAGCUCUCAAAGCUCUUUCAGGACACAUCGAGUGACAUGUACCCAAAGAAAUGCUCCCCCCACCCCAUUCUCAUUGUACUCCCCAGGGAUGUCUAAAUUCUAUCCAUGUUGUACAAUCUCGCAUGUUUAUAGAAAUGCAAACAAUGGACCUUCCAAAGGUGUGAGCAAUCAGACACCAGGCUAGAGGUCUGCGGUACACACACACACCAGAAUGCUGAGUGCCAUCAACUGCUGGGGCCAUAGCACUGUGUCACCACAACUGUGUGCGAAGGAGAACAUACAAGUCUUCUGCUUACCAUGCAACAGGGAUAAAGUUUGUGUAAUGGAAACUUCCUAUACUCUUGCAGUGAGGAUGGGUAUUGCUUGAUAUUAUCUCUGUUCAUCACAUUGGAAGCUUAAUUCUUGGCAACAGUGUGCAUGCCCAGGUUUGCUUAUCAAACACAACUGUAAUUUUGCACAUGGACUGAGAAGUAGCAAAUGGAAGAGACAUUUGAAGCCCUGUUGGUUUAGCUAUUUCCUCCCUCUUUCAUCUUCCAUGUCUUUGUUAGUCAUUCGGCUUUCUUGGCAGAAAAACCGGUCUUCAGGGCAUAUAUGCUGCUGUGCAUAUCUAGCAAAUUUUUGAAAUGUCUUCUGGUUGGAGCACUUUGCCUCCAGAAUUAUUCAUCCACGGGGAAUCUCCCAUUCCCACAAAUAAGGUUCACUGUGAUCGGCUCAUGGCCGUUUGCCAAGGCGAAGGAGACAUGAUUGCUCCAGAAAUAAGGCCAGCCGAGUUGCUCUCAGUCAUGUCAGGGAGGCCAAAUAUUUAGGAUAGGGCCCCAUUCUCAGUUGGCCAGCCGCUCAAAUCAGAUACAAGUUUUGUUGAGGGACGGGAAAGGAGAGAGCUCACAUCCUCGGGCAGGAGUCCUUAGUUCUUUCCCUUUCUUUUAGUGUAAUUCUGGCAUGCUGGGGAAAAAUGUUCCACAUUCAAUUGCAUGCAACUAACUUGCUGUCAGUCCAGACCUAGGUGCUGGUUGCCAAGGGAACGCUGGCAUUGAGGCCUCUUGUUUCCUCAGCACAGCAUGCAGUGUUUGUGAGGGGUUGAGCAGCAAUGGCACAGUUUAGGGGAGAGUGGGUGUUAAUUACCCCCUGAUUUGCUAAUACUCAUUCCUGUAACACUCUCUGCACUGGGUUCCUUUUCCCAGUGAGAGGGUUCAUUUAAAUCCCUGGCACUCUGAAAAGAGGUCUAGAAAAGGGAGCACACUGCCUCCCACCUUCAUUGUCCAAGGUCCUCUUUUAAGUGUCCUGUCUUUUUUAAAAUAUAAGCAAAUGGGAGUUGGGAAUUCAGCACUGAAACCAUCUUCCAGUACUAAAUGGGGGAGGGGGGCUCCUGCUUCCUUUCCCCCCUCUUCUUUUGACCCAAAGGAGCAUAGCAGUGGUGGCUGGCUUAUCUAAGGCCUGGUGCCAAUUUAACAUUUCUUGACCUCCUGGCUAGGUACCUGUAAUCAGGAUUUGAAACCCGAGUUUGAAACUGGUUAGUAUUAACCAUAGCAGAGGUCGAUGCCAAUUGUAAGUGUGGACCAUAGAUAAGAUGGGGGAGGAGUAUUUGGGAAAGGGAGCACAGAAACCUUAACAUACUCUAGAUCUCUUGGGGGGAGAGGGGCUGUCUAAUGAGAGAGAGAGAGAUCCAGAAGAAUCCACCAUUAAAGCUGGUUAAAAUGUUGCAGCAUUCAGUGACUUGUGCCUGUUUCCUCUGUUGUAGCUGGAAAGGGGCAGUUGAAAACAGUGCUGGGUUGAGGAGGGGGGGUUCUGUAUAUUUCCAUCACAGAAUAUUGGAAACAUACUUGGGGUACCAGCCCCCCUCCCUUCUGGAAAACCAGCUGUGAUUCUGUCUUAAGAGCUGUGAAGGGUUUUUGUCUCCAUUUAUUUUCCCACCCAUCUCCACCAUUCCUCUCUGUUUUGUUCUGUUGGUAAAUCCAGAAGCAGAUUUUUUUUUCAAGCAACAAUAGCUGCAAAUAAACAUUAAAAGGCCAAGAAAUACCCCACCAGCCCAUGGGACUCCAGAGUAUUAAACGCAGCAUGCACUGCCCCCUCUCUGUGGGGCUGCUCUGAAGCAGCCUAAUAUGAUUAUUAUUUUUAAUUUGAUCUUGCAUGUUAAAAGCAAGGUGCAUGUAAUAAGGAGGGGAGUCCACAAUGGGUCGUCCAGGCUUCAGGAAGAAAGGCGCUUUCACCCGUUUCAGAGAACCUUUUCUACUGUGGGGCCAUCUCAGACUGCCACAGACCACUCACCUCGUCCCUGAGUGACCUAAACUAGCCAGAUUCUCCCUACUGGGGCACCACAACAGCUUUGCUCAUCCCAUCGGAAGUGGAAUCGUAAGCCCUGGGAACGCCUGGUGAGGACUUGAGGUUCUUGGUUCUGAAGUAUUGUUUGCCCAUUGCCUGGAGACUGCCUCCUUUAUUUUUCUUGCUCUCUCUUUUUUUUUUAGUUAUGUUUAAAGAAGAAUGGUGAAAAAUGUUAUUUAUUGGCAGAAAUUAUUUAAUAUAAUUUCUCUUUUGUGAACAAGGAAUGAAUUUGUUAGAACUGUCUUAAUGUAAAUUGGAAAGUCAUCUUUAAGAAAAAAAUUAAAAAUUAAAUGACA